UGGCGCACACCAGGUAACGCGGGGCGCCCAUGUGCUCCGCGCACCCGGCCCCGCGGCGUGGCCCACACGCCGUCCCCUCCGCGCCCGGCCCGGGAGCCCACACCGCGCACCCCUCCUCCCCCGCGGGCAGCACCGCGGACGCGUCCCUUCGGCGGCCGGGCCGGGGCAGCGCGCCCCGCGGUGCCGCCACUCGGGGUCGGCGCGGGGGCGCGGAGGGGCCCGCGGGGGAAGRGGUGCCCUCAGGGGGAGCCGCCGGGGGGGUGCCCUCGGCGUCCUGCCGAGCAGCGGAGCCGGCCCCCCCCAGCUCCGUCCGCUGAGAGGAAGCGCGGGGACGCGGAUCCCCGCGUGUCCCCCGCCGCCACCCCCCCGCCGCCUGCGGGGCGCCCGUGGAGGGGAGCUCGGCGGCGCGGCGGCACCAGCGGCAGCCGGGGGUAGCCCCGGUGCCCCGCCGUGCACGGGGAGGGCGAGCACGGAUUUAAUUGGCUUUGCACAGGCAAUGCUCCCAAAGACUGUAUGAUAAUUCCUGGUGGCCGAAAGAGGAGGCACAUUGUGGCCAGUACAGAAAAGGAACAAGGACAGGAGGGCAAGAGCUUCCUACUGCCUCUCUGGCAGAGGUACCAAGUGCGUGGCCUGUCUGCACCCGAGCAAAGUAGUGGUUUGCAGARAGUAAGCGAGACUGAGAGCCACCUCGAGGCACUUGGAGAGGAGGAAGAGGACUGGAGCCAGCAUGGAUAAGGACAGCACAAACCUGGCUGACCAGCAGUAUGAAUGCGUGGCUGAGAUUGGGGAAGGAGCCUACGGGAAGGUGUUCAAAGCCCGAGACUUGAAGAAUGGAGGUCGCUUUGUUGCGCUGAAGCGGGUACGGGUGCAGACCAGCGAAGAGGGAAUGCCACUGUCCACUAUCCGAGAGGUGGCAGUUUUGAGGCACCUGGAGACAUUUGAACACCCCAACGUGGUCAGAUUGUUUGAUGUGUGCACCGUGUCACGAACAGACAGAGAGACCAAGUUAACGUUAGUGUUUGAACAUGUGGAUCAAGACUUGACUACUUACUUGGAUAAAGUUCCAGAGCCYGGAGUGCCUACUGAAACUAUAAAGGAUAUGAUGCUUCAGCUGUUUCGGGGACUGGAUUUUCUGCAUUCUCAUCGUGUGGUGCAUCGGGAUCUGAAACCCCAAAAUAUCCUUGUAACCAGCAAUGGGCAGAUAAAGCUAGCUGACUUUGGCCUUGCACGGAUCUACAGUUUUCAGAUGGCUCUUACCUCAGUGGUUGUUACUUUGUGGUAUAGAGCUCCUGAAGUCUUGCUUCAGUCCAGUUAUGCAACAGCAGUUGAUCUUUGGAGUGUUGGCUGCAUAUUUGCAGAAAUGUUCCGUCGAAAACCACUCUUCCGUGGAAAUUCAGAUGUUGAUCAGCUAGGAAAAAUCUUUGAUGUAAUUGGACUCCCAGAAGAAGAGGAUUGGCCUAAUGAUGUUGCCCUUCCAAGAAAUGCUUUUACUUCCAGACCUGCACAACCUAUUGAAAAAUUUGUUCCAGAUAUUGAUGAAGUAGGCAAAGACUUGCUUCUUAAAUGCYUAGCGUUCAACCCAGCCAAGAGAAUAUCUGCGUAUGUUGCCCUCUCUCACCCAUAUUUCCAUGAUUUGGAGAAAUUCAAGGAGAGUCUGGACUGCCACAUGUCAUCCAGCCAAAACUCCAGUGAGGUGAAUGCAUCAUAAGUGCUGACUGAAGAUGAACCAUAAAUGAAAAAGACAUGUUGCUGACAAGGCCACUGUUCCGUACAAACCACAUAGCUGUCCUAGUGAAGAUCAUAAUUUGGAGGUUUUAUGCACUUAUCUUUUAUUUUGGGAUUGUGAUGUGCUUAUCCAUGGAAAACAAUCUAGUUUACUUUUAUCAGAGCAAUGCAAGGGCCAGGGCUUUGACCUGCUCCUGUUGCAGCUUUAUGUUUGUUUUGUUUUUGUUUUGUUUAUCUACCUGGGAAAACUCCAGACGAAGAGAAGCUGCUGACCAGUUUUGCUGCCAUUUUAUCCUUCUAAUAUUGAAUGCUGCCAGUGUUUGAUGAUCGAGUCACUGCCAAAACAUGAUGCAAUCUCUCUCUUAUCUCUAGCUGCUGAAGCAUGAUUUGGUACUUUAUUAUUAUUAUUAUGUGAUAUUUAAAGAAUGGCAUUGAAAUAUCAGAUCUCUGCAACCUGCAGUCAACUGAUACAUUGCGUUAAUACAUCCGGCUACUGUUCAUUCAUAGCAUAUAUGCAGGUGCUUCCCCACUUGAAAACWUGGAUUAAUUAAUUUAUCAUUUCAUUGCUCUAUAAAAAUAAGUGAUGAUGGUGUUCRUAAUAAAUGUCUCAGCUUUUAGGUUUUUUUCAUACACAAACGAGUUAUUAUCUUGCUGUGUUUGUGUGCACAUUUCAAAAAACUGUCUUGUUCUUAAAGACUUUCAGUUUCCAAAUGGUCAGUUUGUGUUGAAGUGCAGACACAUUCUAGUCCAUCRUCUAACCCAUCAUUCCCCCCUGGAAACAGCUGCAAGCAUAUUUUCUUCAUCUCAUUCCAAAUAAUUUUCUGAUGUCCAGCYCAAGGACAUGAGCAGAGCCAAUGAAAAUCAAUACAGAUUUUCACCUUCAACCUGUACUCAUCGUCAGCCAAAAAGGAAAAUAGAAAAAAUAUUUCUGGUUCAGAAGCAGAGAAUCCUACACCUGUAAUAAGCACAGAGAAGUGUUUGUGCUGCAUUGUACGCUGUAUACUGUGCUGCCUUACCUGCAACACCUCCCAAUGCAUCACAAGUGCAUGAACAGURCUGUCUCAAAAUCCCACACAUGUCACUUAUUAAGCAGGCUCGUUUUCUAUGCAGAAAUGCAUGACCUUCUCUCCUAAACCACCAUGUGGGUAUACUGGCACAUGCCUCAUCACUAAGGGUAAUGUGCCACRAUUGAAUGUCAAAAUAACUAAGCAAUUCACUUGUAUUUAUAGCACAGUUAUUUUAAAUAUUACCUGAAAUUUUUAUAUUUAGUAUUUUUACCUUAACUAAAAUAGAUUUUCAGUAUUUUGAAAAGAAACUUUUAUUUUUUUAAUACUGUACUGGGGAAAAAGAAAUAUUUUAAAUCCAUUAARGCUGUUCCCUAGCAUGAAUUCAGUGCAUUUACCUGGACAUGACUUGGGGGAAAAUAUUGGUCCAAUGAGUAUAACUGAUGCUAAGUGAGGCAGCCAGCUUUGCUUACUCCUGUGACAGUCCCUUAGGCUUCUCUCUUCCUCAUCUCUAUUUCAUCUUGUCUAGGUAGUGAGCUGGCAUUAUGUGGUUGUCCACGGCAUGCUUGGCAGAAGCAGGUCCUUAGCAGUGAGUUGAGCAAUGUAACUUUUCCAGUUGUGACAGGGGAAUUUGUAGCCAUCUCACUGGCAGGUCUCUCACUCAUGUGGCAAACUUCCCU